AGUGCAGAAGAAACAAGCUUUGGAGCUUUAGGAGCUGAGAAAAUAAAGAGUUUGAAAAAGCACAAUAAAAAUGUAAAAUAAUGGAAAAAUUAAAGGAAAAGUUCUUAAACUUUGAGUGUUUAAGGUUAUUUAGAAAGUUGACUAAUACUAAUAGAGUCAUCGUUCCCACUUAUGUUCCUUUAUAAGAAGACAGUGAGGAAGAAGAAAAGGAAAAAAGCUAUUUAAAACUUUUUUUCUUUUUUUUAAUUGGUAACAGAAGCUGGAGUCAUGGCUGCAGGGUGGAAAUGCCACAUUUGUUUUGUAGCAGUUUAUGUUGCAGACAGACAAAAAAAGAGGCUAUUAAAACUGACUCUUGAGCUUGACGUUGCUUUCCCGUUUGCUCUGAAGGUAAUCCCCACAAUGCCGUUGCUGAGCCAAAGGAAAGUUUGUGCGUAAAAAGCUGCAGUCGAGUCAGUUUUUCCGACAGUGCUGCAGGCUUCAGUGGAGACACGAACACCACAGCUGCUCCUGUUGUUUCAGUGCGAGGUUUCUUGGAGAUGCUCUGGUGGACCAUGAGCUGGUUCUGCUUCUCCUUCUGCGUCCUGCUGGGUACCAGCUCUCAGUCCAAAGGUGCAGAUCCAGCAAAGCUUUUUCCUUCUUUCUCACCUGAACAAGAGUCAGGAGACACAGAAGGCUGGGAAUGGGGAUCUGGAUUCUCUCCUCCUCAUGCCCUCCACAGCUUCCCUGGAGACAGUCUGUUUGUUUCAGAGUCUCCAGAAGAUGCCUUCAACUGCACCCAGCGCUUCUGGUUACCACCAGCUCCAACCUGCUGGGAAAACGCUGCAGGACCAGAAGAGUUCGCCAAGUGUCGGGUGCUCAUUCUGCAGAACAGGGCUGCCCUGCAAGCUCUGUCCACCUCGAGUGGAAUGGAGGAGGGAGGAAGUUCUUACAACCACAAAGCCAAAGAGGAGAUCCAGGGAAUUCUCUCAGAACACCAGAACAUGGAGGACACUGUGAAAACCAUGGAGAAGGUGUUUGUCUCUCUAGCAGAGAAGAGAAAAGAAGGAAAAGAGCAGGCCAUCCUCACAAGAAUGAAGCAGCAUCUUGCCAAUACGAGGGACGGCAUCGACGACAGGAGUGGUGUGGCACACCGCCUGGAGAGACAGUUCUUCACCUUAGAGGAGACCCUGCUCAACACACAACAUCGACUGGGCAAAUUCUUCCAGCUGAAGAGCCCUUACCUGAGAAAAGAUCAUGUAUGAACUCGCAUGUGCAUGCACUCACUUGAGAUUAGGUUUGCUCUUUACGGAUUCUGACAGCAGCAUAGCAAAAAACCUGACAUUAAGAGUCAAAGCAAUUGUUUUCAAUACAGGGAUUUUGUGAAUCAGCUGUUAUUUGUAAUUUUGAAAAAAAUAAAAGAAGAAAUGUG